GAGGGUAAGACAGACGGAGAGGUAGAGAGAGAGAGAGAGAGAGAGAGAAGCAGAACACUCUGAGAACCCUUUGCACAGCGAGAGGGUAAGACAGACGGAGAGAGAGGUAGAGAGAGAGAGAGAGAGAGAGAAGCAGAACACUCUGAGAACCCUUUGCACAGUGAGAGUGUAAGACAGACGGAGAGAGAGAGAGAGAGAGAGAGAGAGAGAGAGAGAGAGAGAGAGAGAGAGAGAGAGAGAGAGAGAGAGAGAGAGAGAGAGAGAGAGAGAGAGAGAGAGAGAGAGAGAGAGAAGCAGAACACUCUGAGAACCCUUUGCACAGUGAGAGGGUAAGACAGACGGAGAGAGAGAGAGAGAGAGAGAGAGAGAGAGAGAGAAGCAGAACACUCUGAGAACCCGUUGCUCAGUCUCUUCUUGAUUAGCUGAGGAGUCUCUGCCGCCUUGCCUGACUGUGAGCAGCGCCAUCCAGCCGCGAGAUGAACCAGGGUCCCACGGAGAGGGAGGGCGAGUCCGCCGAACCGCUGCGCUACCUCAGUAAAUUGGAGGCAGUUGCCAUAGAGACAGAACUGCUGAAGGAUUACCGCUUUGGGAAGCAGCAGCUCAUUGAGAUCUGGGGUCAUGCCUGUGCCAUCGCCAUCGUCAAGGCCUUUCCCCUGUCCUCCCUGGGUAAGAGGCAGCCCACAGUGCUGGUCGUCUGUGGCCCGGGCCAGAACGGCUGCAUCGGGCUGGUGUGUGCUCGCCACCUGCGCAUAUUUGAGUACGCGCCCACCAUUUUCUACCCCAAGCGGUCGUCCGACUCGCUGAACCAGGACCUCAUGGUUCAGUGUGAGAGGAUGGACAUUCCUUCCCUGUCCUACCUGCCCACUGAGGUGCAGCUCCUUAACGACGCCUACAACCUGGUGGUGGACGCCGUCCUGGGCCCGGAGGCGGACCCCGCGGAGCUGGGCGAGCCGCACGCGGGGAUACUGCUCACCCUCAAGCAGGUCAAGAUCCCCAUCGCCAGCCUGGACAUGCCCUCAGGGUGGGAGGUGGAAGGGGACAACGCCGACGGCAUAAACCCGGAGGUUCUCAUCUCCCUGAUAGCACCGAAGAAGUGCGCCGUCGGUUUCUCCGGGAAGCACUACCUGGCCGGACGCUUCCUGCCGUUCGACAUCCAGAGGAAGUACGAGCUGAACCUGCCGGAAUAUUCCGGAACGGACUGCCUGGUAGAACUGUGAUCGGGCUCUGGGAACUGCCGUUUCACUCUGAUUUCCCCCACAGAAACUUACACCCACAAUGUUUAGAAAUAAAGAAUAUAAUCAGGACACUGCAAGGCUCCGGGAAAUAUAUCGGCAGACGUACAAACAACUGCCACCAUCAGAUGGUAUAACAGUGUAUUUUCCCCCCCAAAAAAAAUGCACAGCUCUGAAAUAUAUUUAUCAUUAAGUUUUCCAAAAAAAUUAAUAAUUUACAUAUUUACAAUAUAUUGCAGUAUGUUCCAGCUCUGAACAUGUGUCCAGACUAUACAAGCCUGUGUUUAUACAUUUUAUAGAUUAUGACUGUCGUUUUGUGAGGCUGGGGGAAACCAGUCCUGUUCACUUUACAUGAAAAAGGAAAAAAAAAACGCUUAUAAUCUGCAGGUGGUCCAGCUCAUA